AUGACUGAAGAAGAUGAAGAUUACGAAGAUGAAGAAGAAGUUACUACAGAAACUACAGUUACUACUGAAGUUACUGAAAUUACAGAAACUACUGAAUAUGAUGAUGAAGAUAGUAAUAAAGCUGAUUUUGCUGCAAGUAUAGGCAGAAAUGAUCUUAUUAAAUUAUUAAAUCAAUUAGGUGUAAAGAGUACAGAAGAUGUACAAAAAUAUUUACAUUCAUUAGGUUAUAAAGGUAUAAAAGAUGCAAUAGAUAAUGCUGUAAAAAAUAGUCACCUUGAAGUAGUAAAAUAUUUAAUUGAAUUAGGAUAUGGAUGUUAUGAUUGGAUAAUUCAUGUUGCUGUAGAAAAUGGUCAUCUUGAAGUAGUAAAAUAUUUACAUUCUAUUGGAUAUAGAGUAGAAGAAUGGGAAAUUACUCGGUAUAGAGGUGCAGAAUAUGCAAUUUAUCUUGUUGUACACAAAGGUCACCUUGAAGUUGUAAAGUAUUUAAUUGAAAAAGGAGGACCUGACGAUUUAAUUGAUUCAGCUGCAAAAAAUGGUCACCUCGAAGUAUUAAAAUAUUUACAUUCAUUAGGAUAUAGAGGAACAGUAUGGACAAUUGAAGGUGUUGCAAAAGAAGGUCAUCUUAAAGUACUUGAAUAUUUACAUUCAGUAGGAUAUAGAGGAACAGAUUGUGCAAUUGAUUUAGCUGCAGAAUAUGAUCACCUUGAAGCAAUUAAAUAUUUACAUUCAGUAGGAUAUAGAGGGACAAAAUGGGCAAUUAAAAAUGCUACAAAAAAUGACUUUGAAAUGUCAUUUAGUGCAAGCGCUCAAUUUGCAAAUGCUACAUCCGAAAGCGCUAAAUUUGUAUGUAACAAAAAAGCUUAA